UCUCUACGAGUUUGAUUAUUUGUUUUGAUCUCUAGUAAUUUCUCAUGAACCUAUAGAGGGAAAUAGAUAGUUUCGAAAACUUUGUCUGAUUAACUUUUGAAAACUACUGUCUACUUUACUAAAAGUCUAAAACUAUCUAUACUAAUAUAUUUCACUUAGGUUCGGAUAAGAUAGUCGGACUAAUACUUAAUUCAUUGACAAUCUUUGAUAUUAUAGAAAAAAAUUAAUUAAUCUCUUCUCUAUAUAAAUACUCAAAAACGAGCUUUCAAAAAUAUAAUCCAAACUCCAAAAAAUAAACAGAGCAAAAAAAUGGAGAAAUGGCUCGUGAUCUCUCUGCUACUACUGAUCUCAACAUCAAUCACAACUUCACAAUCCGUGACCGAUCCAAUAGCUUUCCUUCGAUGUCUCGAUAGACAACCAACGGACCCAACAAGUCCUAACUCCGCCGUCGCUUAUAUCCCAACAAACUCUACCUUCACCGCCGUCCUCCGCCGCCGUAUACCAAACCUCCGUUUCGACAAACCCACCACUCCUAAACCCAUCUCCGUCGUUGCAGCCACCACGUGGACACACAUACAAGCUGCUAUAGGAUGCGCACGGGAGCUCUCUCUCCAAGUCAGGAUCCGAAGUGGUGGCCACGACUUCGAAGGACUCUCUUACACUUCCACCGUCCCUUUCUUUGUCCUGGACAUGUUCGGUUUUAAAUCCGUGGACGUGAAUCUAACCGAGAGAACGGCUUGGGUUGAUUCUGGUGCUACCGUCGGUGAGCUUUAUUACCGGAUAGCUGAGAAGAGUAAUGUUCUUGGAUUUCCGGCGGGUUUGUCUACGACAUUGGGCGUUGGUGGACAUUUUAGCGGUGGAGGGUACGGUAAUCUGAUGAGAAAGUAUGGAUUGUCGGUGGAUAAUGUUGUUGGCUCCGGGAUCGUUGAUUCGAACGGGAAUAUCUUCACCGAUCGGGUUUCGAUGGGGGAAGACCGUUUCUGGGCAAUUCGAGGAGGUGGUGCAGCGAGCUACGGUGUUGUACUCGGCUACAAGAUCCAGCUAGUACCGGUGCCGGAGAAAGUUACGGUAUUUAAAAUCGGAAAAACCGUCAGAGAAGGAGCGGUUGAUCUUAUAAUGAAGUGGCAGAGUUUUGCUCAUAGUACCGAUCGGAAUUUGUUCGUGAGGUUGACGUUGACUUUGGUCAACGGUACGAAGCCUGGUGAAAAGAUGGUUUUGGCUUCGUUUAUUGGGAUGUAUUUAGGCCGGUCGGAUAAGCUGUUGACCGUGAUGAACCGGGAUUUCCCGGAGUUGAAGUUGAAGAAAACCGAUUGUACCGAGAUGAGAUGGAUCGAUUCGGUUCUGUUUUGGGACGAUUAUCCGGUUGGUACACAGACUUCUGUGCUGCUAAACCCGGUCGCAAAAAAGUUGUUCAUGAAACGAAAAUCUGACUACGUGAAGCGUCCGAUUUUGAGAGCCGGCAUCGAUUUGAUACUCAAGAAAUUGGUAGAGGUUGAGAAAGUUAAAAUGAAUUGGAAUCCGUAUGGAGGAAGAAUGGGUGAGAUCCCGAGUUCGAGGACACCUUUCCCACAUAGAGCAGGCAAUUUGUUCAACAUUGAGUAUAUCAUAGACUGGUCCGAAGCUGGAGAUAACGUCGAGAGAAAAUAUUUGGCACUCGCGAAUGAGUUAUACGGAUUCAUGACCCCGUACGUGUCUAGUAGUCCGAGGGAGGCGUUUUUAAAUUACCGUGACCUUGACAUAGGGUCAAGUGUUAAGUCCACUUACCAGGAAGGUAAAAUCUAUGGGGUUAAAUACUUCAAAGACAAUUUCGAGAGACUAGUGGAUAUUAAAAGCACGAUAGAUGCGGAUAACUUUUGGAAAAACGAACAAAGCAUUCCGGUUCGAAGUUAAUAAGUACAUGACGAAUGUUGUGAGUUGUGAUCCGAUCCUGUGACAUGGUAUAUCAAGACUUUUAGUAAAUAAAAAAUGGAAAAGAAAAAAAUGUAUUAAAAUCUUUGGUUCUAUAUAGUACUAUUUGUUAUUAAUAAAUGUAUUGUGAACUAUAUUUACCAAAAAAGUUGUAUCAUGAACUUCUGAAUUUCUUACAUGUCAUUGAACAAGUGUUUUCGUUUAUUUCU